AAAUCCUGGCUGAGCAUGGACCCACCAGGCCCAGCAUCCCCCCUGCCCUUUCCCCACCUUGCUGUCCAUCCCUGCAGGCCCGAGUCCCGUGUGUGGACGCUGAUGCUGCUGCUGGGGACGUGCCUGCUGUACUGUGCCCGUGUCACCGUGCCCAUCUGCGCCGUGGCCCUCAGCUCCCGCUUCGACUGGGACAAGAAGCAGUUCGGCGUCGUGCUCAGCAGCUUCUUCUGGGGCUACUGCUUGACACAGAUUGUUGGAGGACACAUUAGUGAUCAAAUAGGAGGUGAGAAGGUCCUUCUCCUUUCAGCAUCAGCCUGGGGGUUGCUCACAGUCCUCACCCCAUUGCUCACCCACAUCACUUCAGCCCAUCUGGUUUUUAUGACCUCCUCCAGGUUCCUCAUGGGGCUGCUGCAAGGGGUUUAUUUCCCAUCCCUGGCCAGCCUGCUGUCCCAGAGGGUCCGGGAGAGCGAGCGAGCCUUCACCUACAGCACAGUGGGGACUGGAUCACAGUUUGGAACGUUGCUGAUUGGUGGUGCAGGAUCUCUCCUCCUGGACUGGUACGGCUGGGAAAGUGUUUUCUACUUCUCUGGUUUGCUCACUUUGCUCUGGGUUUACUGCACCUGCAAAUACCUCCUGAGUGAGAAAGAGCUCACCAUCCCCAUGAACUAUUUAACGAGGGGCCUCUCGAUACCCAAGCAGACCAAAGUUCCCUGGAAGCAGCUGUUUAGGAAAGCACCAAUCUGGGCUGUCAUCAUCGCUCAGCUCUCCACGGCCAGCACCUUCUUCACCCUCCUCUCCUGGCUGCCAACUUUCUUUAAGGAAACUUUUCCCGAGUCAAAGGGUUGGGUGUUUAAUGUGGUUCCCUGGCUGGUUGCAAUUCCAACGAGCUUGUUCAGUGGAUUUCUGUCUGAUCAUUUAAUCAGUCAAGGGUACAGAACCAUCACCAUUCGUAAGUUCAUGCAGGUCAUUGGCUCUGGUCUCUCAAGCAUUUUUGCUUUGUGCCUGGGCCAGACCUCCAGUUUCUGCAAAGCAAUAGUGUUUGCCUCAGCCUCUGUUGGACUGCAGACCUUUAACCACAGUGGCAUUUCAGUAAACGUGCAGGACCUGGCCCCCUCGUGUGCUGGCUUGCUGUUUGGGGUUGCAAAUACAGGUGGAGCCCUCCUAGGUGUCAUUUGUGUGUACCUGGCUGGAUACCUGAUCGAGACCACUGGCUCCUGGAUUUCUGUUUUCAACCUGGUGGCUGCUGUGAACAGCAUUGGGCUCUGCACAUUCCUCCUCUUUGGAGAGGCCCAGAGAGUGGACACAGACUCUGUGUAUGUGGAUCUUUAGGGAUGAGCCCAAGAAGCAGCUGAAGGACAGGAGGAUGUCACAUCUAUGGGUCAUUCUUGCACAAGUGCCAAAGAACGUUUUACUUUUCUUUUUUAGAUGUUUUAAAAGGAAAAAAAAAAUAUGCUGAAACCAAGUACAUAAUGGGUCUGGAUGAGACCUGUGGGAGAAAAGAAAUUUAGAGUUCAUUUUUUUGCUCAGGGCUGUAGCUGGUGGCUUGCAGAGCCACCCAGCUCAAUGUCUCCAGUGAGGAUUGGGUCUGUGGGACCAGUUUGUCCCAGUCUGUGUCUCAUGGACAAAUAUCCUUGUGGCCAAAGCAGCUGACCUGGCCUGUCUCUCAAGGCUGCUGUGGAUCCAUGGCCUCUUGGGGGGAGCUGCUUCUCCAUGUGGGAGUGGGGCUCCCAUGCUCUGCUGUCCUGGGACCACCUGGCUCUGGGGCUGCUUGGCCACCAGGCGUCCUCUGAGGUGUGACAGGAACAUCCCAACCAGUACCUCUGCUCUUCAUCCCCAUCCUCUGAGGUGUGACAGGAACAUCCCAACCAGUACCUCUGCUCUUCACCCCCAUCCUCUGAGGUGUGACAGGAACAUCCCAACCAGUACCUCUGCUCUUCAUCCCCAUCCUCUGAGGUGUGACAGGAACAUCCCAACCAGUACCUCUGCUCUUCACCCCCGCGCGUGCCUUCGUUCUGCAGCAGGAGCCAGCUGUGUUUCCAGGGCUGUGAGGUGAAUUCCAGGCCUCUCCUUAGGGGAUGUGUGGCUGGAUGUGUGCCCUGGACCCAGGGCCAUGGGGCUGUGUCAGUGCUGCUGUCACGGGGCAGGGAGAGCACUCCAAGCCAAGCUUGGCUUUGUUCAAGGUCUCCCUUCUCUCCCUGGUGGCUUCACCCCAGCCCUGAGCCCAGGUGGAGCAGCUCCACCGUGAGAGCAGAGCUGAGCUGUCCCCUGGGGCCAGGCUUAGCUGGGCUGACCUUGCAGUGCAGCAGCAGCCGAGGAUCCCUCUGUGGAGCUGUUUUGUCAAACGCUGUGAAUGUGUGGGAAGAACUGGUCACACUCUGUGCUGUGGAUCUACAACUCCCAAAUGCUUUCUGCAUGAUUAGAUGUGUCCUCCAUGUGCUCUCAAAGGGCUGGGGGAGACUUUCCAAAGAGCUUGGCAUGGGCAGGUUUUGUUUCUAUGUUAAGCAUAAAUCAAAUUCCUGCAUUGGGCAUCCAUAGGGAUGUGGAUCCCUGUGGUUCCCUGUGUCACAGGGAAAUACUUGGCUCUUGACACCUCUGAGUCUGAAUGUCUUAAAGUUAUUUAUAAGUAUUUUAAAAUUUAAGCAUCAAAUCCUAUAUUUUAUGUACUUGAGGCCUGAUUCUGCAUGCUUGUUUUGCGUGGCACCCCCACCAAAUCCAAUGCUGUUUCUCAGAGGGGAAAGCUCUACCAGCCUCUAGUGUUUGGUUCUGUAGGACCAGUUUCAAAGGUGAAUUUAAUAUUAAAGCAAUUCAUUGCUUCUCCUCCAAUUCCUUGACUGCAGCCUGAAAGGAUCUCUUGGGUUUCUUUAGUGUUUACCAGAAAACUCAGGCUGAGGAGCAGGUUUCCCAAGGAGCUUGCAGUGCAGGAAAACUAUAGAUUCAGGGGAAAAACAAUAAAAAUCCCAUUAUCCUCUUCCUCACUUUUUUUUUUUUUGGCCAAAUUUCUUCUUGGAAGACCUGUUUGGGCCAUGUAAAAUUUCUGAAUAGGCUGAUUUGUAGUGAAAAUAUUGACAGCCUUUUAAUUGCAGAGACACUAAUGGGCAUCACUAAGCUCAACCACUUACUGGGCAGAGUUAGGGAUAAGGAUGCAACUGCCUGAUGUCUUCCCAAGAGAAUAAAGAAUUAUGUGGCCUGACUGGGGACAGAGAGAUAAGAAAGUGUUUUAUUUUUGUCCUUCUGUGCUCUUUUUUUCUCUAGAAGGCUGUUUGCUACCAUAGGUACCACUCUUUAUUGGGGUGCUGCAGAGCCAGGAAUGCUGCUGGAAAGUCUUAAAUCAGUGGGUAAAUUGGGAAGAACACCCAGUAACAGCAAACACAAACACAGCCAGGCUUGCCAAAGAGGCCUGAGGCUGUGCAGCCAUCUCUGUCAGCCUGUCCUUUGUCCAGUCUGAGCAGAUUGCUUGCAUGGCUUUUCUAUAGUGACAGAAUAAAAAAACAAGCCCAUGGGAUUUGUGGGGGUUGAGUAUCUUCCCUGGCCAUUCCAUGCUGCAGGUCAGGAGCACAAGGAGUCGAUUCUGGCUGUCUUUGCUGGUUGCAGCAUUUCUUGUUGAGGAGUUGAAAUGUCUCCCAUUUGAAUACAGCUGCUUGGCCACCCCUUGGAUCUGCCAGCUGGGAAAUUUGGAACUGAUGUUCAAAGGAAAGGGUUUGGCUGUGUCUUCUCUGUGAGUCCAGCUAACAUUCCAGUGAGCUGUCUGAGUUAUCUGUCUCUGUAACUGGCUAAUAAGGUAAAUGUUUGACCUACACUCGAGGCAUAUGUUUCAUUGUCAUCAUACCUCUUUGGUGAAGUAUUGAAACUGUUUUGCAUACCUGUACUAUUAUUUGUUUAGGCCAAAGCUUGUGGUCUGUGAGUUUUUGCUAUGGAAGGACCUAAAAAAAUAAAGGCAGUGAAUAAUUUGCAAACUCU